AUAUAUAUAUAACAGUAAUUUAUAUAAGCAAGAUGGGCAUCUUCAUCGACGUAAAGAAGACGACGGUGGUGAAGCCAGCGGCGGCGACGCCUCGGCACGUGCUAUGGAACUCGAACGUGGACCAGUUGGUGCCCAGAUUUCUUCACGUCUCAACCGUUUACUUCUACAGACCAAUAAUAUCAUCAACUCCAACGGUGGCUGAUCACGGCGACUUCUUCGAUUCCUUCAUACUCAAGGAAGCCCUAAGUAAGGUCCUGGUCCCCUUCUACCCCGUUGCCGGUCGCUUGCUAGCUUCCUCCUCCGAAAAUGGCCGUAUCGACAUCGACUGCAACGGCGAGGGUGUCCUCUUUGUGGAGGCUCAGACCAACUCUGUGGUCCAUGAUUGUGGUGACUUUAAACCAUCACCAAAGCUUAGGUCUUUGGUUCCCACUGUUGAUUAUUCUGCCGGCAUAUCUUCAUAUCCUCUACUGCUCAUACAGGUAACUUACUUUAAAUGUGGAGGAGUAUCAAUUGGUGUUGCCAUAGAACACCACGUGGUAGACGGUGUGUCUGCUAUUCAUUUUCUGAAUUCAUGGUCUGACAUGGCUCGUGGUAUUGGCCUUAAAACGCCACCAUUUAUAGACAGAACUGUACUUCGUGCACGUAACCCACCUGCACCUAUGUUUGAUCACGUCGAAUCUAAACCUGAUCUGACGAAGAAAACUACUACAACUGGGAACAUUGACAUUGCUAUCUAUAAGUUGACCAGCGAGCAACUCAAGACCUUGAAAGCCAAGUGUAGGGUUAGCAAUCAAAAUGGCGAUGAGAACAAACCCAAGUACAGCUCCUACGAGAUACUGGCUGGUCACAUUUGGAGAUGUGCAUGCAAAGCACGCAAACUUAGUGAUGAUCAAGAGACUAAGUUGCACAUUGUGGUUGAUGGAAGGUCUAGGCUGCAGCCACCGCUUCCACCUGGCUACUUUGGUAAUGCGAUUUUCUCAACUACAUCGAAAGUUAGGGUUGGAGAAUUAGUACAAUCAGAGUUACAGUACGCUUCAAACCAAAUCCAGAGUACAUUAAGACAAGUUGAUGAUUGUUAUUUGAGAUCGGAACUCGACUAUCUAGAGCUUCAACCUGAUAUAUCAGUCCUCAGUAGAGGCUCACAUACGUUUAGAAGCCCAAAUCUUGGAAUUAAUAGUUGGAUUAGAUUACCCUUUUAUGAUGCUGAUUUUGGUUGGGGUAGACCAAUUUAUGUGGGACCUGCUACAAUCCUCUAUGAUGGUAUAACUUAUUUGUUGUCUAGUCCAGAUGAUGAUGGGAGCUUGUUGGUGGCAAUUGGUCUCCAACAUGAUCACAUGAAGGGUUUUGAGAAGUUUUUAUAUGACAUAUGAUCGAAGGAGAUUUUUCGCAUUUUUUGUCCUGCUAUGUGGUUAUGAGUUUGGUGAUAGUAUGUUAUGUUUAAAUUUAUGUUUACUUUUAAUUAUAUAUAUAUUGUUUAUUUUAAUUAAUCUCAGUUAUUCAAAGAAACGAAUUGGAGGGUUGUUAGAGAAUUAAAAGAAUUAUGAAUUAUUAAUAUUAUUAGAAUUAUAUAUA